GUAGUGCAACCCGCGGCCCUUUUGGCCCCCGAAGAGGAGUCAUGGUCUACCAGUUCUUCCACCACGACCAACAUUGCUCUAUCUUCAGAUAUGGCCGAUACAUCCAAUCCGCCACUGGAACUUGUAGUGAAGCCUCAUAGUAAAGUCAUUUUACCCUGCGAAUUGGAAGGAAAUUACUCAAGAUUAUUACUGCCAGGAGCAAGUUACAGAAUACGACCGGCGACGUGGCUACACGAAGGUAGUCCGGUGGAUAUGAUCACGAUAGACACGAGAACGGAAAUGAGCGGAACCGGGCAUCGGUACAUCGGCGACUCGACAACCGCAGCACUGCACAUAGACAACGUCAGAUUAGAGGACGAUGGUGUGUGGGGCUGCACGCUAGAGGAUGACCGGGGGAAGAUUCUCUUCGGCAAACCGGUGAAGCUGGUCGUGCUCGAGGCACCUCGUGGGACGUAUCUGCUGAUAGAUGGCCGCCGGCUAGAUCCCGGAAACCAGUUUGUGCCGGUGAAGGAGGGCUCGGAGCUCACUCUCGAGUGCGCGGCCGAAGGUGGAAACCCACCGCCCAUCCUGGCGUGGGGCAUGACCUUGUCUCAAGCCACUUUAGACGGUCCGGAACAACCGCCAGACAACCUCACUGUAUUGCCUUCAACAUCCGGCAGACGCAGCGGGGCUCACCUAAAGGUCUUGAGGGGACAUCACAACGCCACUAUCGUUUGUGUCGCGCGCCACAUUACGCUGAUGAUACCAAUGAAUGCCAGCAUUCUGCUUGACGUCCAAUAUACUCCAUCGUUCGCGAUAACGCGUUUACCUGGUUUUGGAAUUCCGAUCGUCGAGGGGAUGUCUGUCAGCCUGAAAUGCGAGGUAGACAGCAAUCCAGCCAGUACUCCAAUUUGGCAGCGCGACAAUGGACCGCCCCCUGUGGAGCAGAGCGAUGACGGAUGGUUGAACUUCACAAAAAUCACUCGGGCCGAGAGCGGCUGGUACAAGUGUUAUACGCGGCAUAUGCUCGGCAUUUUCACCAGCAUCGGAUAUUUUCUCAAUGUUCGCUAUGAUCCAGAUAUGGAGACCGAAGCGGAAGCACUGAACGGUGAAGCGACCGAUUCUCGGCGGAUGGAGGUGCAAAUCGGCGGUGCUGUGACUCUCGAGUGUGACGGCGGUUGUUGGGGCCACGGACCUGGAAUGGAUCCAGUAGGCGGGCCUGGACCUCUCGUUUUGAGUCGGGUAGUAUACCAAGAAGCUGGAGAGUAUCGGUGCGUCGCGCCAGAUCGGAAAAUGCAGGACACGUGGCGAGCUCAGUUAUCCUAUCACAUCAAAGUUACUGGACCACCUAUGGUUCAUCCACCGAGUCAAACAGUGACGGCGAACGAGGGCGAAUCUCUGGACAUCAUCGUCGAGUUUUGUGCUCGGCCAAGUUACACGAAGGUUCUCUGGAUAUCGGAGAAGCAUGUGUAUACGCCGAACGCACCCUCCCGUGACGGAGUUCGAGCUCUCGCAAUCGAGGACGGCGGCACGGAGUCAUGUUACAGGACGACCCUGCGUUUCGAGACGAUUCAGUCGUCACACACAGGAGAAUGGUUGCUACUGGUCCGUUCGUCAGAAGGGAUCGCCGACGCUUCAGUUCUAUUAAACGUGACACGUGCUUCCGGUUACAGCCAUGCCCACAUCCGAUCGGCGAGUAUUACGUACCUUCUACUUUGCCUGAUUCUGCAGGCGAUCUUGCGGGAAUACCGUCGCUGAGGCAACCGUUCGGUGGAGAUUUAGGCGGAAGAAACUUUGGCAAAAUUCCUAGCUAUAUGGAAAGCUCAUACGUCAGCUUCCCCAAUGAGGAAAAGGGAAGCUUCUCUGUAUAUAAUAUCGAAAUUCUUUCCCCGAAAGAAUUUCCCCCGCGCGAUUCUCGCGUCAACGAGACGCACAAUUUGCCCGACGUGCCGCGACGCGACACUUGCGUCUCUGGCAUAGCACGAAUACAAUGAAACACUGGAUGAG